AAAUGUAGCCAUCGUCAGAUACAAACUAUAUAAAUUUGUCUUUGUAGACGUAGAAAUUAUGGUAACCCUUCUCAAUGCCAGAGGAUAGUCAACCCACUACGAUAGCUGACUUUGCGACAUUGGAGUGUUAAAAAUGUCGGGUCAAACCUGGUUGGAAUCGUCUUUGACACGUUCUUCCGUGCUUGGACUUCAAGUGUUGGAGCGAGCCAAAAGACGGAGUGUAGACUGGGCCAGUGUGAGUGCGUCGGGGAAGCUAUCACAGGCGGACAAUGGCCAGAGAAAUCAUAACGAUGGUGUCGGAGCGGAGGCAGAAGAAGAGCAGACAUGCACCAGCCUAAACGAUGCUUUUAAAACCAUAGUGGAAUUUAUGGCACAUACCACCUGUCAGUGCAAGAACUUCUACAAGUCUGCUCCGGUGCAGGAGCCCUCCACCUAUGAGGUAAACCACGUGUAUAGAUACCAUUCCCAGCGGCUUCCUGGAGCCUUACAUCAGAGGAUCUCAGAGAAGACUGAGAAACUGACACUGGGUGAGGAUUUUCACAUUGAAGUGUCUCCAGGGACCUACUCCAUCACCGCCGGGACAGGGGACUCAGACCAACAGACCCGACUGGUGCAGGUCAACGCAGGAGAGAGUGUCAACCUCACUUUUCACCUCUGACUUAUUCAUGGGCAAUACCAAACUGAUUAAACAUGUGCAAGACUCACAUUUGUUAAAGGUGUGCAACAAAC